AUGUAUAAGAAGUCCCGUCUGCGAAGACUUGGCACCACCUCUCCACUCUCGCCCUCCCAACAUUUUCACUCCGACGAUAUGCGAAAAGCCCCUCCCCACACUUCGGUUACUAGCGGCCGCGAUGGUGGCUCAGCUGGUGUCGGAUUGUCCGACAAGCAGUAUUCGGCAGGGAGACGCAAGAUGCUUGACCUGAUCAACCGCUUGCAUAAGACCGGGGUACAAAAGGAAAUCGACUUACCUGUGAUAGCUGUCAUAGGCUCUCAGAGUGCGGGGAAGUCCUCGCUUAUAGAAUCCAUCUCCGGCAUCACUCUACCCAGAGCGAGUGGGACGUGUACAAGAUGCCCGACAGAAUGCACGCUGUCAUUUUCCGCAGAACCUUGGAGAUGUGUUGUCUCCCUGCGCUUCACCACGAAUGAGAAUGGCGAGACCAUUCCCGUUCGCAAUGACCCCUUCGGUCCCCCGAUCUUUGACAAGCCCGACGUUGAAGAGCGGCUCCGACGAGCACAGCGCGCGAUCCUGAAUCCGAGCAUUCAUGCUCGUGACUUUCUCGAGGGUGUGGACGAGGAUCCCGUCACCCGGGAACGCACUUUCUCGACCAACUGUGUGUCUCUAAGUAUCAGCGGCCCUGAUGUCGCAGAUCUGUCGUUCUGUGAUCUGCCAGGUCUUAUCGCCACCGAAGGAACUGGUGCCAUGAAGGGCGACAUACAACUCGUGAAGAGUCUAGUCGCGUCCUACAUCGAAAAGCCAAGCUGUAUAAUUUUGCUCACUGUCGCCUGCGAGACGGAUUUUGAAAAUCAAGGCGCGCACCAAUUGGCUAGAGAGUACGAUCCGGAUGGGAAGCGCACGAUUGGUGUUCUAACCAAACCCGACCGGAUACCCUUGGGAGAAGAGGAACGAUGGCUCCGAUUCAUCAAGAACGAGUCUGAGCCUCUAGAAAACGGUUGGUUCGGUGUGAAACAACCAGAUUCACGUGCUCUAGCGGCUGGCAUUACCUGGAGCGAAGCACGCGAACUAGAGCGAGAGUUCUUCUCGUCGACGUCGCCGUGGGCUGGUGUGGACCUGCAGAUCCAGCAUCACUUCGGGACGGCAAACCUGACGGAUCGUUGCAGCUCGAUCCUGUCCGGUCUCAUUGCAAAACGACUCCCGGAGAUACAGAGCGAGCUGCAAGACAUGCUGCAGAAGACGGAGAAUAAUCUUCGCCAACUGCCGAAACCCCCCUCGAGCGACGCUCUGGGCGAGGUCUUCAACCUGCUCACGCAGUUCUCGGGAAGUCUUGCUGAGUAUCUCGAGGGAACCCCUGAACCGGACGGUCUUUUGCAAUCCAUCAGGCCCAUAAAGGAGGUGUUCCGCCAGGAUAUUCUCGCAACCGCGCCGGACUUCCGUCCUUACGGGAGGUUACCGUUACCGAACGAGCCGCAGGAUAAUCGCCGUUUCAUUGCUCCGGAAUUCUUGUCUCACGAGACCGUGUUCGUACCCAGCGACGACGCAAAUGCCGUCUACAUCGACGAUGUUAUGGAGCGAGCAAACCAGUCUAUCACGCGCCAGCUUCCUGGCUAUUUCCCCUUCGUUGUGGUGGAACAGUACAUCCAAGAUGUCAUUGGGACUUGGGAAGGGCCCACGAGAACUCUCUUCGAUGCCGUCCAGCACAUACUCAUCCAGAAGAUCAAGCAAUUCAUCGAAAUUCACUUCGAACAAUAUCCUCUCCUACAACAACGCGUGGCAGCUAUCGUCACGUCAUACAUUCUAGAAUGUUCAGAUCAGACGAAGAGUCACCUGGACUGGUUGCUUGCGCUGGAGAAGCGCCCUCGCACGCUGAACGAGCAUUACUACAGGGACUACAGAGACAAGUUCCUAGCGCACUACAAGGGUGCCGCCCGCAAUAUGGCAACACGUCCUUGUGUCUCUCAAAUUGUGCAGGGCUUUGCUGGGCUCGGGAUCUACGGCAUCAACCCGGUUGAUUUACCCAAGGUUCUACCCACUGAUCCCUUCGAGCCUGCUAUCGACGUCAUGGCAAGCGUCCGCGCAUACUUCCAAGUGGCGUACAAGCGCUUCACAGACAACAUCCCGAACGCCAUCGACCACGACCUGAUCCUUGGCCUCAAGCGCGACCAUGCGUUGGAAAAGGCAUUGCGGAAGGGGCUCGGGAUCGGGGGCACUGAUGCCGACGUCCAAUGUGGCGAGUACAUCCGGGAGCCUCCUAAUGUCCUGUUGAAGAGAGAAGAACUGCAGAAAAAGCGAGAACGAUUAGUGUCGGCGAGGAAGGAGCUGAUGGAUCUCUGGCUUUGA